CAGACUUUCGUUCUUCCCCGUCGCCAUUCUCAAUGUUACUCGAUUUCCACGACUAUGGACGGCCCUGGCUCUGAUGAGCCGCCUACCAAGAGGCGGCGGUUCUUUGCGGAUGCGACCGACGAGACCACCCAAGCCUGUAACAGCGCCGUUGGCAAGCCUUCUGCCGAAGCCGAAGUUGAUCAUAGAGGAGCGUCUGGUACACCGUUCCCCGAUGACAGAUGCUUUGUUCUGCGGCCCAAUGUCGACGAGUCCACCAGCUCCGAUCUGUCAGGGUCAUGCUGCGCAAAACCUCCCAUCGAUGUGACGCACCCCGCUGUCUUUGACCAAGGGACGUUCGAAAGUUUUGUCGGCAAGAAAGUUGAUUCAGAUUUGGUUGCCCAAAUUCGGGAGAGCUGCGGAAAUGACUUGGAGCGAGCCAUCAACAUGUACCUUGACGGGACCUGGAGGAACUUAAAACGAAAAUCGACGGUCUCGACCCCUGUGCGCCCUACUUCUGGCAGAUUACCUCCCAAACCCGAUAACUCGAUCCAGCGGCCCCGUCCUGCCUCCGCUCUGCAAUCGAUGCCCGAAUCUAGAUAUAUUGGCGCGUUUGGAGUUGAAGGAUGGGCAACACGCAGCGGUAAUAACCUCUUGAGACAUGGCGAUACUGUCCGGAUUGAGCGCCAAAGGAUUCAGGCGCCAAAAUCCCUCCAGCAAAAGGCACCGAGCAAACUUCGGGCGGCUCAACAUAGCGCAGCCGCAGCCAGGCGGGUCGAUGUGAUCGUCCGCUUCACCGACGUUGCCGGCAGAGAGAUCGGGCGUUUGGCCAAGGAUACAGCAAACUGGGUGUCAACACUGAUAGAUCAGAAGAUUUGUUCAUUCGAAGGCACUUGCGUCUAUGCUCCUGAAAGGCUGCGCACCAAUGACACAGUCUUUCUGCAACUUCGAUGCUCACUGAUGAGGUCCGCCUUCUUUGGCCGCGAGCUCCGGGUCGCAGACAACAGGACAACCGGGAGAUUUGAGGAGAGCGAGACAUCCGAAGAGAGAGAAUUGCGGCUCAGACAAAUUGCGCUUGUCAAGCUCUUCCAGGAAAUCAAUCUUCUGCCUACCAGGGGCAACCCGACGGCAGCAAAGAACAAGCGACAAGAGCUACUCGAAGCUGCCGAGAUGGCUGAAACAAGAGACAAAAAUCAGCCGAGAUCUCCUCAGGACCAAGAUGGUGCGGCUCCGUCAUCUUCCUCGGAGGAUAAUGAAGACGGCGAGGAGCUUGAACAGGACCAACUCGACGCUCUCUAUAAGAAGGCGCAGUCAUUUGACUUUAACACCCCAGAGACGGAGCCUGCUGAAUCGUUCGCCUUGACAUUGCGCCCAUACCAGAAGCAGUCGUUGCACUGGAUGAUACAGAAAGAGAAGAAUGUGCGAAACGAAGAACGAGAAACAUCCAUACAUCCCUUGUGGGAGGAGUACGCCUGGCCUACAAAGGAUCACGAUGACAAAGAUCUUCCCAUUGUUGCUGGCCAACCUUUUUUUUACGUCAAUCCGUACUCGGGGGAACUGUCUUUGGAAUUUCCACGGCAAAGUCAGCAUUGUCUCGGGGGAAUUUUAGCCGACGAGAUGGGCUUGGGCAAGACGAUCCAGAUGCUUAGCCUCAUUCACACGCACAAGUCCGAAAUCGCGGCCCAGGUCCGCCAAUCUAGUCGGCCGGUGUCGUCGGUCAACCAGCUUCCGCGUCUUCCUUCCUCUCUGGGGCGCGAUACUGUGACAAAUGCCCCAUGCACGACCCUCGUUGUCGCGCCCAUGUCUCUCCUCGCCCAAUGGCAAAGUGAAGCGGAGAAUGCCUCAAAGGAAGGCACUCUGAAGUCCAUGCUAUACUAUGGGAAUGAGAAAAACGUCGAUCUACUAGCGCUCUGCUGCGAGGCCAACGCGGCAAAUGCCCCGGACCUUGUCAUCACAAGUUAUGGUGUGGUGCUAUCUGAGUUCACCCAGAUCGCUUCUAGACAUGGCGACAGAGCCAGCAGCCAUGGCCUCUUCUCGCUUAAUUUUUUCCGUGUCAUCCUGGAUGAGGCCCACAGUAUCAAGAAUCGCCAGUCAAAGACUGCCAAAGCUUGUUAUGAGAUUGCUGCAACUCAUCGAUGGGUGUUGACAGGGACGCCAAUCGUCAAUAGGCUCGAGGAUCUCUUCAGUCUUGUGAGGUUUCUGAGGGUGGAGCCGUGGAACAACUUUUCCUUCUGGCGGACGUUCAUCACAGUGCCAUUCGAAUCCAAGGAUUAUAUGCGUGCUCUGGACGUCGUUCAGACUAUCCUGGAGCCGCUGGUCAUGAGAAGAACGAAGGAUAUGAGGACGCCGGGUGGGGAGCCCCUAGUGGCUCUGCCCCCCAAGCAGGUGGAGAUUCUGGAUGUCGAGCUCUCCAAGGCCGAGCGUGAUGUUUACGACUAUAUCUACACCCGAGCAAAGCGAACCUUCUUCGCCAACGUCGAGGCCGGCACCGUCAUGAAAGCCUUCACCAGCAUUUUUGCGCAGAUUCUCCGCCUACGACAAUCCUGCUGCCACCCGCUACUUGUUCGCAAUCAAGAAAUCGUAGCUGACGAAGAGGAAGCCAACGCUGCUGCCGAUGCCGCCUCAGGGCUCGCAGACGACAUGGAUCUCCAGUCGCUGAUUGAGCGAUUUGCCGCGACGACGGACGAUCCAGCGAAUUCCAACGCGUUUGGCGCUCAUGUUCUCAAUCAGAUCCGAGAAGAGGCCGUGAACGAGUGCCCAAUUUGCGCCGAGGAACCAAUGGUUGAGCAAACGGUCACUGGCUGUUGGCACUCUGCCUGCAAAAAUUGUCUUUUGGACUAUAUCAAGCAUCAAACUGACCGCCACGAAGUGCCACGUUGCUUCCAGUGCCGGGGAGUCAUCAAUUACCACGACCUGUUCGAAGUGGUGCGGAACGACGAUGACCCGGAUGUCGCAGAAGCCGGUCAAGGGCCGCGGAUCACUCUUCAACGGCUUGGAGUCGGCAACGCGUCUGCGAAAAUUGUUGCCUUGAUCGAUCAGCUCCGGGCCCUCCGCAGGGAAGAUCCGAUUAUCAAAUCAGUGGUGUUUAGUCAGUUCACCUCCUUCCUCGACCUUAUUGAACCAGCGCUUGCACGGUCCAACAUGCGGUUCCUCAGACUAGAUGGAUCUAUGCCCCAGAAAAUACGCGCUGCGGUCCUACAGGAAUUUAGAGAGUCAAGGAAGUUCACAGUCCUCCUUCUCAGCCUGAAAGCCGGUGGUGUUGGGCUAAAUUUGACAAGUGCCAAAAGGGUCUACCUGAUGGACCCAUGGUGGAGUUUUGCUGUUGAGGCGCAAGCUAUCGACCGAGUCCACCGAAUGGGGCAGGAGGAUGAAGUAAAAGUGUAUCGAUUUAUUGUAAAGGAUAGUGUUGAGCAGCGGAUGCUCAAGAUACAGGAACGGAAAAAGUUUAUGUGAGUUUUCCCUGCUUAGUUGUAAU